ACAAAGGGGGCAAGUAUAUCUUUUAAUUCCUCCUCCUUCCUAUCUGUAUACUCAACCAACAAAAGAAACAAGAAGUUGUUUCUACCUUCCUCAUUCCACGCAAGAAACAACAAGAGGAAAUAUGAUUUUAUCUCCUCAAAUUUUCAAGAUACGAUUUGUUUAUCAGAUUUUCAGUUACGAAAUUCUAUCUUUUUUAUUCUAUCUUCUACACAGCUAGAUAUAAAUUCGCCAUUUUUUGGAAAUGAGAAACACACACAUAUAAGAGAGUUCGUGAGAGUGAAGAAAACAAUCGGGUUCGUCCAAGAUCGACAAGUUGACAGGAAUUGAAGAAGUAUUGCGUUUUCGGAGGCGAAAUGAGGGUAGCGACUGCAUCAAUUCGGUUCUACAGUCAUGAGUUUUCUCUCUUCUACUUUCAAUUAGUUGUUCUUGUGAUUGAACUUGAUUCUAUCCGAAUUUAUUCAUGAUUUCAGUUUCUUAUUUCUCUAUUGUUUGAGUCUAAUUGGUUAACGCUGAGUUGAUUGAAUUUAAUUAUUUAAUUUAGUAUUUAUACAAUUCAUACUAUUGUUGGUUGGUUAUGAAAUUUGAUAUCUUUACUUGUAAUUGGACGCAACUAGUUGUUUAGAUACUCAAAUUGUGCUAUAUGACUAUUAGGCGCAGCGUUUAAUAGUUGGAUAGGGAGGACGACUUGAGAUUAAUAAGAGCGAGCGGCUCAUCUUAAUAUUCUUAAGUGUAUGAAUUGUGCCAAUAAAACAAGUUUAUUAGGAUUGGAUUUGUCUUAGCAAGAUUCUAGGUUCUUAGUGAGUAAGACAAGAAUUGAUCCCGGCGAUAAUUCACCAAUCUAAGUGCUAAGUUAACUAUUAAAGUGGUCUCAAUUAUAAAGGUUAAGAAGCUAAAUUAUGACUAAACAUUCUAUGAUCGAAUCGGGAAUUAAUAGAGUUUGUGUGUCGUCACUUGUAAUUAUUAGUUUAGUAGUUGUUUUAAUUUUAAUUAGUCUAAGUAGUUGGUUACAAUCGAAACCCCCCUAAUCUUAUAUAUGUGAAUAGUGUAAAUAGUGUAAAUUCGUAUAUAAUAUAUAUUUUGUCACUUAGUUGAAUAUUUGAGUUUAGGAAUUAUAAUAAUCUUCUCGUGGGAUCGACCCUUUCUUACCCUUUAACUAGUUAUAAACAUUUUUGUAGGUUUAAGUUAGGUUUUUAAUUUUAUACGGUAAACGACACGUAUCAAAUUUUCUUUUAAAAAAUGUCUUCAACUACUAAACUAAUAUUACCUCCGUUUACUAAAGGUCUUCCUUGUUACUGUUCCUACAGAUACCAAAGAGGAUCCAUUUGUGUGGGGUAUGGGGUGGGUAAAUUAGGAGAGAGAAAGGGGUUAAGAUAAAUAAACAAAUAAAAGGGGUUAAAGUAGGAGAGAGAAAGAGAGUAAAAUUGUAUUAAUAAUGUAAUGCUGGACCAUAUGAUAGGGACAUGAGAGGGUAAAAAGGGGGAAAAAAUUUCCAAAUAAGGAAUAAAGUAAAAGAGGAAAGAUAUUUUGGAAACGCACUUAAAUGGAAAGAGGGAAGAUCUUUAGGAAACGAAUGGAGUAAUUUGUAAACUUAUGCCCAAUAUUUAAUUUGGGCUAUAGUCGAUUUGAAAAACCUAUAAUAUAUUAUAAAAGCUUAUUUAAAAUCUUUGUAAUUAAUAAUAAACCUUUUUAAUAAAUAAAAUUCUUUUAAAAAUUAUAACUAAUAACUUACUAAAAAAAAUACGGAGUCUUACAAAAUCAAUCAUAAAUCUCAAACACAAAGUCAUUAAUUCAAGGUUUAGAAAUCACAAAAAGUCUGAAAAUUUUCACAAAGAAAAUAAAAACUCUAAUCUCAUAAAUCUUCUAUAUUUUAUUAAUGAAAAACGAGUCAUAUAGGCUUAUAAAAGCUGAUUCCAACCUUUACUAGGUUUAGGGAUACUAAAUAAACUAGGAAAAGUAAAACAACUACUACUAUGCUUAGGACAACCCCUAAGUUGUACGACUCCUAUUAAGCUUGAAUCAUGUAAUAUCCACCGUUUUAAGAAUGUAGGCAAAACCGUGAUUCCUAAUACAACUCGAAUAAGAAAACAUAAAUCAAUAAAGAUAUGAAGAGUCCUAAUAGAACUCAACUAAGCAUGCUAUCACAUGCCAUUCUCAUUCCUAACAGAAUUAGGAAUUUCUUCCAAACAUCCACCUCAUCACGCACACAUUAGUAAGCCUGCUCAUGUCGGCACGGUAAGGUGGUUGGUGAGCCCGGUGGUGGUGUUUGUGACACCCCCAUGAGCUAUCAGAUUUGAGGUCGGCUAAAGCAGUUGUGGCCUUGUGGGUGUGGUCAGGUAGCGGACUCCUUUAGGUCCACUAGGGCAAGGGUACAUCUAUGACAUAGAAUCUGGGGGUGAUGUCAUUGGGUUCACAGGAUGGGGGUUGGUGGAUGAUGUUGGUGGGAGCGACGGUGGUGUUUGCUAUCGAUGAUGAUUCAGAGAAGGGGUAAUGAAAAUUCAACCAAAUAAUUGGCCAUAAGAAUUAACAUUUGGAUUGGCAGUGAAAUAGACUUGAAAAGGGACGAUUCAGAUUGGACACAAUUACGUGCAAAGGUCUUAGAGUUGGGAUUACGGAGGUCCUUCGGUUUCCUUGGAGAUUUCUUGUAUUUUUUUUUUCUUUUUUUAUCUAAAAAUUUCUAUCUUUUGGAGCAUUUUCUCUCACUAAAGAAUCGGUCUUUAACAGUUCUUAAAUGAACCGACAAAAGUCUAACUAUACUUAUAAAUAACAACUUUUACGAUUUAACACAAUCCUACCCAAACUUCUAAACACAAGAAUACAUAUACUACAAGUUAAAAUAAGUCCUUCACAUACACUUUGAACUUUGGAGUCUAAAGUGUAUAGUCUAAAACUCAAAAAGAAUAAAAAUCGCAAGGCUUCGGCCAACAUAAGCAACAACUCCAAAAAUUUUACCGUUACUAGUGCUGCGAUUCAAAUCACAAUCCAACCCAUUCCCUUUUUAAACCUUUCACUAUCUUUCAAAAUUCAAAACUCACUCAACUCCAUCUUAAUGACAUCAAAACCCAAGACAAAAAAAGAGAUACUUCCCAUAUGAAAUUAUGAAUCAGACAAAAACUUUGUUCCUCCAAAAACUUUUAUGGGUCCCACUUUUCUAAUCCUAAUCAAUUGUAAUUCACUGAUGUCCCUCACUUAAUAUAUAAGGUUGUUCUUUCCCCACAAAUCCAGCAAAUCCUACAUGAAGUUUUUGCAGUAAACAUUACUCUUUACCCAAAAAAGACCCAUCAAAUUGUAUCCUUCAAAAAUGGCUGGAUUGAAAAAACCAGCAAUUUUACGGCAAUCUUCUUAUAAUUCUCUAUAUUUAAAUCCACUAAUUGACCCAAAAAAUAAUGAUGAUUUUAGUGAAGUAAUACCAGAUAUUAAUGUUUAUGAUGCCACUUCUUUAGGCAGCCAUCUUUCUUUCAAAAGCAAAAUUCUAAUUUCAAAAGAAAAUAUUAGUCCCAUGAAGAAAAAGAGAAUUUCAAAAUUUGCAGCUGAUGAUAAGGAAAAUUUAGUACCUAACGAAAUUCAGAAGAAAAACCCAGAUGGAAAAACAUUGCAGAAUUCAAAAGAAAGGGCAUUGAAGCCUUCUUCUCUUCAAUUAUGCAUCCAAAUGAAUGAACCCGACUCGAGUUUCGGGUUUGGUUACAAGGUAUGGGACACAACUGAGGAGACAGAAAGCGCGAAAUCUGUUAAUAUGUGGGACUACUCUGACUCUGAGGCUGCUCCUGCUUCUUCUUGGUCUACCUUGCCUAAUAGGGCUUUGUUGUGUAGGCCAUUGCCAAUGGAUGUUGGAAGGUGCACUUGCAUUAUAACGAAGGAAGCAGCACCAAAAGGAUUUGGUGGCGGUUCGCUUUACUCUCUGUACACUAGUGAGGGUCAAGGCCGACAGAAUCGAAAAUUGGCUGUUGCUUACCAUAAACGACGUAGUGGACGUUCUGUAUUCAUCAUCGCCUAUAACACGAAGGGUGUAUUGUCUACAACAGACGACAGCUUCAUCGGUCUAGUAACCGCGAACCUCAUGGGUUCGAGAUACUAUGUCUGGAAUAAGGGCUGCUUUCCUAGGAGGCCAGUUGAAGAGUCAAGAUUGCUACAAGCAAUCGUUGAGUUUACUCCCACCAUAGCUACCUGGACCGGAAGGCACAGAAGUCUUAGAGCUUGGAUUUCAAAGCAGCAACCUCAGUCUAUGCAGUCUAAGAAUACAACCAAUCAGGUACAACAUAUGAAGAGUCUUCCCUUGGAGUGGGAAGGGAAGAAGGACCAAGACCAAGUUCAUCUACUUUUAUCAAGAGUUCCACAUUAUAAUAAGAAUUCAAAGCAAUAUGAACUGGAUUUCAGAGAAAAGGUUAGAGCAGGGCUUAAAUUUCAGAGUUCUGUCAAGAACUUCCAGCUAACUAUGGAGGGAAAUGGAGGACAAACUAUCCUGCAACUUGGGAGAGUAAGCAAGUCAAAGUUUGUACUGGAUUAUAGGCACCCAUUAACAGGAUACCAAGCAUUCUGCAUAUGUUUGGCUUCGAUCGAUCCAAAGCUUUGUUGUACAGUCUAAAAGGCCUCAUGAUGUUGUUUUCCGUGUUCAAGCUGCUGAAGUUGAACUCCUAAUUUUUCCUACAUUAUUUGGAGGUUAUAUGUAGAUUGAGCUCGUAAAAGAACGGGAUUCUCUCAGGUUCUCUGGAGGAACGGGAGUCUGGUUCUAGUAUGAACAGUGAGGAUUUGCUUAAGGGGAAGAUAUAGGAGUUCCUUAGGUGUUGUAAUCUAUGAUGGGAAUUGGAGGGAAAACACAUGAGAGCAUCCCAAGUCAUUCUGAAAGAAAGAAAUAUGGGAGAUGAAAUGUUUUCAUGGGAAAUUUUAUGCAGCUUUUGUGGCAGAAAAUUCACAUAUCGUGAAACUUGAAGUAUGAUGAUCUAUGUUCCUAUUUUGGCUCCCAAGUGCUUGUUUUUCUGCUCAUUUUCUUGCAAUCCCCUAUAAAGUACUAAUUCUAGA